UCAAAUUUGCCUGUCUAUUGUCUGGUCCACCAAAAAGACGCAAAGUCCUAAUUAUAGGACGAUAAUUUCAGCAACUAACACUGUGUAGUAUGAUUCUCCGACUCUCGUUUCAUCAAUACCUUUAGAUGCAGGGUCAAUUGAAGGUGCUGCACAAGUUGUGUACCUCGAGACUUCGAUCCUUUUCUGGGUGGUUUGAGCUACCCUGGCUGGCCGUAUGUCGGCGACCCACGGAAUGAACAAUAGGUUUCCGUUAACAUUGUUAGGUGUCGUCACUCUUGGACUGAUCUCUAUAGUACACUGAUCUCUGCUAUCCGCAUUCAUGGCGCGGCUGACACUCGAAGAUUUCCUGCAAUUAGGCAAGGAGCAGAAAUAUUCGUGUCAAUACCUCUAUGGUUACAUCUUGCGCUCUCUAUCGAUCUGCCACGCUCUUAAUAUUCCUGUAAACGCUCCUUGUCCGACCACCGAUGAAUCCGUUCAACAGCUAGACAUCAAGGAUGAUAACUCAUUGACCCUAGGAUACGACCGACACUUCCCUCUGCUCCUCGAGUUCCUCAAGAACGAACAGGUUCCAAUAAACUCCAUGGGGCUCACAGGCCUAAAUUGGUUCAACGUUAGAAGCCGCGCGUCCUUCCGCUCCGCACUUUCAUCAUUUCCCCAUAUCAGCAUCCUCAGCUUGACAUACGUCGCGUGCACAAAAUACGACAUUAAGGCGCUCGUAUCUUCCAUGCCCACACUCAUACAACUCAUGUUCGAAGAUAACCAAGUCGAGGAGUACGAUGCCGAGGUGGUUCACAUUCCUCGACGAAGGUCCAAUAUAUCUGUCGGAGAAAUUCAGAGUGAGUUGCAAGGACCGGAGCUGUCGCGCUUCUCUGUGACUUUUAACCAGGGCGAGUUCGCCAUCCUGGAGCUGUUCACUGGUUAUGAUUCCCCUGCCUCUUUGCGCGCACUAGACAAGCUUGAGAUCCAUGGGGGAAAGCCAAGCGUCGUGUGCGACGAUGCGAUGGUGAAUCGGAUUCGUGCUUUCUUUAGCCUCCUGGAGUUCCCGCUCGAUGACUUCAUUUGUGGACAUUUUAAGAUAGAAUCGCAUUGCCCAUUGAACCUCGGCAACGUUAAAUCCGUUGGCAUCACUAUAGGCUUAUCCAACAAUUCCGUAGAGACAGAUGCCGCUGUCGAGUGGUGGACGACCAACAUUAAUACUAUCCCGACCGCUAACCGACUCAAGGCGCUGACGAUCGAACUCGAAAUCGACAUGGAUUCUUUGUCCAGUGGUUCUAUGCCUGAAUGGAACCUGGAGGUUUGGGCCGCAUUUGAUCAGGCUUUGUGCCGCCGCGAUAUAAACUUGCGUCGGCUCGUCUUCAGAGUCAGGCCGCUCUGGGAGCUUCCUUCCGAGGGGUAUAAUUAUGAGCCGGUUAUGUACUGGCUGUGUAGGCAUGGUCUGCCUAAGAGUCAGCGUAUGUACAGGACCGUAUUCUCACUCUUUGAUGGCUUAGACAAGAAGGUUACGAUGCCAUGGAUGACCGACGAGUAACAAACCACGAAGAAGCAGCACUCCUUUACAUCUCGAGACAGCACAUUUAUUAGACCGACAAUUUAUUCAUCAUAUUUCCACUACCCUGACCCCCUACACCGUAUACUCAUGAACGUUCACUGUCAGUGAUUGUCAUAUCCAACAACAUAAUAUUUUUCAAUACACAGGAGUUAACGAGUUUAUAAGGGAC